AGAGAUGGUUCGAUUUGUGGGAAUGGGAGCAUGAGUGAUUUAGGAUGCGCCAGACAUUAUAAAGCCCAUCCUAAAACAAUAUGCCCUAUCUGUAAUGAACUAACAUAUUCCGAUACUGGAAUCUGUAGCUCACAUGGCGAAAUUUAUAAGAAAGCCUGGCGUGAAG